ACCCCAGUGGCUGCUGCGGCAAUUAAGGAACCACGCCUGCUGCUUCUCUAAUUUCUCUGAAUUGUGCUCUUUAUAUACAACCCCGCUCUCUGCCGCUGGAGAAAGUUCUCUCCGGUGGCAGCAGGUCUGCUCGUCCAGAAAACGCCGUAUUAUUAUACAUGUCCCAAUUAUUCUAACAUCGCGAGAGCUCAGAGUGAGACCCCUGCGGGGCUGGUCUGAACAAGCAACAGAAAUUAUUAGGCGCUCGGUCGGUCGGUCCCUCUGACCGGCAACAAGCCCAGCAAUAGCCAUGGAGUACCUCAGGUUCUGUUUGGUGUUAUCAUGCUGCAUGAAGUUCGGAAGUUCUGUCCUCUCCAGUGACGCGCCUCAAGCCCCUGCGCCUAUUCCUAAAGAAAAGCUGCUGGUCUUAACUGUAGCGACGGAGGAAACGGACGGCUUCCACCGCUUCAUGCAGACCGCCGAUUAUUUCAACUACACUGUGAAGGUGUUGGGAAUGGGAGAGACGUGGAAGGGCGGAGAUGUUGGUCGUUCUAUCGGUGGAGGGCAGAAAGUGAGACUACUGAAGGAGGCCAUGGAGUCUCUGGCUCAUCAGGAAGAUCUUAUCGUUUUGUUUGUGGAUAGUUAUGAUCUUAUCUUCGCUGGGGGACCAGAGGAGAUCCUAAGGAAGUUCCAGCAAGCCAAUCACAAGGUGCUGUUUGCUGCAGAGGGACUGAUAUGGCCGGAUAAGAGGCUAGAUGACAAGUACCCCUCAGUACGAAGUGGCAAACGCUAUCUCAACUCUGGAGGUAUAAUUGGCUAUUCCCCAUAUGUAAACAGAAUAGUUUCACAGUGGGAUCUGCAGGACAAUGAUGACGACCAGCUCUUCUACACUAAGAUUUACCUGGAUGUAUUGAAACGAGAAUCUCUUAACAUGACGCUGGACCACAAGUGCCAGAUUUUCCAGAAUCUGAACGGGGCUGUUGAUGAGGUGCUUCUCAAGUUUGGAACCGACAGGGUGCGAGUAAGAAACACGGUGUACAAUUCCCUGCCUGUUGUCGUCCAUGGCAAUAGAAACAGUAAAUUGUACUUAAACUACCUGGGGAACUAUGUGCCCAAUGCAUGGAACUAUGAACAUGGCUGCAGCCACUGUGACGAUGAUCUUCUGGAUUUGUCUCAGUUACAUGAGUAUCCAGAGGUGCUGCUUGGAGUCUUCAUCGAACAGCCAACUCCGUUCCUCCCGGAGUUCUUCCACCGGCUGCUUACCCUGGACUAUCCGAAAGAUAAACUGAAACUCUUUGUUCAUAACAACGAGGUUUAUCAUGAGAAGCACAUUCAGAGGUUCUGGGAGGAGAACAGAGACGUGUUCAAGAGUUUCAAAGUUGUGGGACCCGAGGAAAACUUAAGCCAAGGAGAAGCCAGGAACAUGGGAAUGGAUCUUUGUCGCAAGGAUGCCACGUGUGACUACUACUUCAGCAUAGAUUCAGAUGUAAUGCUCACCAACCGACAGACACUGAAGCUCCUCAUCGAACAAAACAGAAAAAUAAUUGGUCCACUUGUCACUCGUCAUGGCAAGCUGUGGUCGAACUUCUGGGGAGCCUUAAGUCUAGACGGCUACUAUGCACGCUCUGAGGAUUAUGUCGACAUUGUACAAAGGAAGCGAGUGGGUGUGUGGAACAUUCCUUACAUGGCGCACGUGUACCUCAUCAAGGGAACUGUAUUAAGGAAUGAACUUAAAGAAAGGAACCACUUUGUUCUGGAGAAACUGGACCCAGAUAUGGCUUUGUGUAGAAACUCCAGAGAAAUGACCAGUCACAGGGAGAAAGACUCCCCUUCUCCGGAAUCAUUCCAUAUGCUCAGGUCCCUAAAGGGAGUAUUCAUGUACAUAACCAACCGUCAUGACUUUGGGAGGCUCAUUUCCACAGCUAAUUAUAACAUAUCUCGUUACAACAACGACCUGUGGCAGAUAUUUGAAAACCCUGUGGACUGGAAGGAGAAGUACAUCCACCCAAACUACACUCGAAUCUUCACAGAGAACCAUUUGGAGGAGCCUUGUCCAGAUGUGUUCUGGUUCCCAGUGUUCUCAGAGAAGGCAUGUGAUGAAAUAGUUGAGGAGAUGGAGCACUAUGGUUUAUGGUCUGGGGGCAAACAUGAGGACAAAAGGAUCGCUGGAGGCUACGAGACAGUGCCGACGGAUGACAUUCACAUGAAACAAAUUGGGUUUGAUAAGGAGUGGCUGCACUUUCUCCGAGAGUACAUAUCACCCGUCACAUUAAAGGUUUUCUCUGGUUAUUUCACUAAGGCAUACGCAGUGAUGAACUUUGUGGUUAAAUACACACCGCAUAGACAGGCCUUCCUGAGGCCCCAUCACGAUUCCUCCACCUUCACCAUCAACAUCGCUCUCAACAACAAGAACACUGAUUUUCAGGGUGGAGGUUGCCGUUUCCAUCGAUACAACUGUUCCAUAGAAUCACCAAGAAAAGGAUGGAGCUUCAUGCACCCAGGACGCCUGACUCAUCUCCACGAAGGUUUACCCACAACCAACGGCACUCGCUACAUUGCAGUGUCAUUCGUUGAUCCUUGAACUGUCCUUUUAUAAACAUACUGUAAAUUAUUGUUUUGUUUUUUUUCUUCAAUUUUGCUUUAGUUUUUUGGGGGGGUUCUUUUUUGUGUCUGAUGGUUUCAUGAGACAUUUCUUUUUUUUACUUUUUUUAAAGCAAAUGCUUUGAAAGAAUGAUGUUAUUUUCAAAAGAAUCUCUGUCAAACAGAGUCAAGAUGGUAAAGUAAAGUUACAACUGGCAUAAAUGGCAUAAAGUAGAUUGGUAAUAAGCUAAAAGGGUACAGAGUGUUGCUACAUUACAGCUUUUAAGUGUUUCAUUCAAAGCAGACAGCAUUUAUGUGUACUGUAGGUUGCCAUGAUUUUUUUUUAAUAUAAGACUGAUUUCAUACCAUCUUGGUAGCCGUCAUACACACUGGCAUCUUCACAAACAAGCAGCUGGAGCAUUUGCACAUUUAAGUACGGUAAUUGUGUUUCAGGUAAAAAGUUCUGCUCGAUUGAUGCUUACUAUUACUGGUGCUAGUCAACGUCAACUUCUUUGCAUCUAAGACAAAUGUCUUCAUAUACCAGAAAGCAUGUUGUUGUUUUUUUCUGUACUGAUGCAGCUUCUUCAAGACUUUUAUUUGAAGAAACUUUGAAAGGGGUUAUUUUCUCUGCACAGCCGACAAACAAGACAGCAGAUUUCAGUUCACUCUUUAGCAUUUUUCACAUUUUACUGCCUUCUGCUUUUUCUUUCUUUAUUGAACUUGGCAAUGCUCAUUUGCUUUUCUGAAAAUGUAUUGGCCAUUUUUCCUGACGGAUGUGAGUGACUGGAUUUUGAAACUCAGAAAAUGAACAUGUUUAAGUUAUUGUCAAUAUUGAAUAAAAAUCUGUUUAAAAAUG